UACCUAAAAGGUGUAACGGCCCCGCCGUGUGUCCGAGUAAUAACAUCGAGGAACUCACAAGUGUUGCUUAACAGAGGUCAAAGUCUUACAACCACUAUUUGGACAUUUUUGACCAAGAACUGCAUAAAUCUGGCAGAAUUAGGAGGCAAUUAACACUAAUUAGGGAACACCUGAGGGGCAAAGUGCAUCAAAUAUCAGCAAUCAUAAAGCUAUGGGAGAUGCAGAUUAAUCAAUAAUUCAAAGUGUUACAGCUUUAUGACCAGGACGGUGAUAUAUGAACGGGUAGCUUUGUGUGUUCGAGUGUUCGUCACUGCUGACUCAGGAUGUUUAAGUUAGUGCUGCUGUUCCUGACGCUGUCAGGCGUCCAAGCUCUCCCACUCGUCCCUCGACGGUUGCAGAAGAGAUCUUCAACCUACCAGCUCCCCGAUGGCUUCCGACAGGGCACUGAGCUCUUUGACAUGCGUGAACCUGUUCCCGCCGGCUUCCAACAAGGUACCGAGCCCUUCAAGAGAUUCCUUGUUGACCUCAACACCGGCCUGGUGCAGGAACACAUCAGGGAGUUGGACAGGAGAGUGGCUUUCAUUCAUCCUGUUGGAGCGGGAUCAGCAGAAAUGGAGAGAAGACAUGUGCUGAAAGAUGAGGUUCCUGUUGAUGUUCCAGCCCAGAAGAAUGGUGGUGGUUGGGUCCGGGUGGAGGAAGCCUCUGCUCCUCAUCUUCCAGAUGGUUUCAGACAGGAAAUCGAACACAUGAGUGGUAUCCCAGAGAGUUUCAGGCAGGGAACCGAACACAUGGUGUCAAUUCCAGAUGGUUUCAGGCAGGAAAUUGAGCACAUGAGUGGUAUCCCAGAGAGUUUCAGGCAGGGAACCGAACACAUGGUGUCAAUUCCAGAUGGUUUCAGACAGGAAAUUGAGCACAUGAGUGGUAUCACAGACAGUUUCAGGCAGGGAACCAAACACAUGGUGUCAAUUCCAGAUGGUUUCAGGCAGGAAAUCGAACACAUGAUGUCUAUCCCAGAUGGUUUCAGGCAGGGAACCAAACCCAUGAGGUCUAUCCCAGAUGGUUUCAGGCAGGGAACCGAACCCCUGAGGUCUAUCCCAGAUGGUUUCAGGCAGGGAACCGAACCCAUGAGGUCUAUCCCAGAUGGUUUCAGGCAGGGAACCGAACCCCUGAGGUCUAUCCCAGAUGGUUUCAGGCAGGGAACCGAACCCAUGAGGUCUAUCCCAGAUGGUUUCAGGCAGGGAACCGAACCCAUGAGGUCUAUCCCAAAUGGUUUCAGGCAGGGAACCGAACCCAUGAGGUCUAUCCCAGAUGGUUUCAGGCAGGGAACCGAACCCAUGAGGUCUAUCCCAGAUGGUUUCAGGCAGGGAACCGAACCCAUGAGGUCUAUCCCAGAUGGUUUCAGGCAGGGAACCGAACCCAUGAGGUCUAUCCCAGAUGGUUUUAGGCAGGGAACCGAACCCAUGAGGUCUAUCCCAAAUGGUUUCAGGCAGGGAACCGAACCCAUGAGGUCUAUCCCAGAUGGUUUUAGGCAGGGAACCGAACCCAUGAAGCCUGCCACAGAACGCUCCACCUCCAGGCUUCAAACAAAGACAGUGGCAUGUAAGGGGGACGUCAUCAAUGGAAACUGCUAUGAGUUUAAUCCAACACCGCUGGCCUUCCAAGAUGCACAGGUCAGACGCUUAUGCAGAGCGCUCGGCCCAGAUGCUGAACUUGCAUCUGUAACCACUGGUGAUUUGCAUUCACGCCUGGUGUCCCUGGUGACCAAGGGUGGUGAGAGCAACCCUGUGUUGACGUGGCUGGGAGGACAAGUCAAGAACCAGCAGGCAUCCUGGGUAGACGGGUCAGAGUGGAGUUACAGCGACUGGAUGCCGGGUCAGCCCAACAUUUACCCGGAUAAAGCAGUCUGUGUGGAGAUGUUCAAGAUAGAUGAGAGCUGGUGGACGGUCGCCGACUGUGAACUGAAGAGAGCGUCCAUCUGCUCAUACCAGAUCACUGCAUGAAACAAAGCAUAAGAGGCUCUCUUGAUUGGUUUCCUCUUAAUUAUCUUACAGACAAUAUUGUUUCCACUAGUUUGGGCUACCAUCGUCUGUAUUACCUUGAAUAAAACUUUGCAUAUUACAUCAGCGCGUUUGUGUUUUAUAUCUGUGCACAAACAACCU